AUGAACGAAACACUCAAACUAGUUCUAGUGGGAUAGUAAGGGGCAGGAAAAACAAGUCUUUUGCAAUCUCAUAGAUAGCAAGAGUUCCGAGCUCAUAAUGCAGCAACGGUUGCUGUUGACUAUUCUACAGUGAAAAAUGUGGAAGUGAAUGGUCAACUUUUUGAUAUCUCGAUAUGGGACACUGCUGGUUAGGAGAGAUUUAGAUCUAUUACUAGGAUGUCUUUAUAAAAUACUAAUGUAGCUAUUCUUUGUUUCGAUUUGAGUGAUCCUGAUUCAUACAGACACACUUAAGGUUGGUUAGAUUUUCUACAAGUUAAUUGCAGUCCUGAUAUGGGAAUUAUAAUAGUUGGAACCAAGAUGGACCUCCCAACCUUUUAUGUUAAGGAAGAUCUGUAAAAAUAUCUCCUAACUUUAAAUUCAUAAAAGUAGUUAAAGUUAUUUCUAACUUCAGCUAAGACGAGCGAAGGCAUUGCAGAAACCUUCUAAUAUGCUUAUGAAUAGGGAGCAAAGAUAAAAAUGAAAGCUUUACAAAUCGAUAAAUCGAUUUUGCUCGUUCCACCCAACAAAUAAAGUAUUCAGAAAACUCAAUCAUAUCGUAAAAAAUAUUUUCAGGGUUGUUAUUGUUGUUGA